AUGAAACACCACGGGGCAUCGGCAAGCUCUAUUGAUGCACUCAAACCAUUCUUCUUGCUACCAGAGAACUGCCUUACGUCGCUUGACAUUACUGAGUUGGAGGUGCAAAAAGUAUUUGCAAACAAUCGGGCAUUUGCGAACCGAGACUCAGCGACGGCAGCAAAUGGUAAUACUGUCUCUCUACGACGCAUCGUCAAGGAUGUGAAAGAGGGUAGUACAUCCUUGCGCAUAUUGUUGCAAGGCAUGCAGUUCGAUCGGCUGUCAGGUCCAGUGUGCACACGAUUGGAUUUGGGGCCCGAUAAUCACCGCUGA